GCGCUCGUCAGCGCCCCGCGCCGGAAGCGCCGCCGGCCGCCGCCAUGGAGGGGCAGCUGUACCGCCGCCUGCCGCCGGAGGAGACGGGGGAGCUGCGGCUCCAGCCUCAGGGAUCAGAAGAGGCCAAAGCAUUUGUAAAUGCCUUCCUGAAGCGUAGCAUGCCAAAAAAGAAAGAUGAAGCUAUCCAGGAUAUAUUAACUCGGAAAGCUGUAGUGCUUGAGCAUUAUUCCAAAAAGAAGACAAAGCAAAAGAGAAAGAAAACAAAAGGGUUUACUGCCAAACAAAGGCGAGAAAUGCGUCUUUUUGAAAUAGAACCUGAACAGCAAAGAUACUCCAUCUUUCUACCACUACAUGAACUCUGGAAACAAUAUAUCAGAGACCUAUGUCAUGGACUUAAACCAGAUGCGCAACCACAUAUGGUUCAGGGCAAACUGCUAAAAGCAGAUCUCCAUGGAGCUAUUGUUACAGUCACAAAAUCUAAGUGCCCCUCUUACGUUGGGAUAACAGGAAUCAUUCUACAGGAAUUUAAGCAUAUAUUCAAAAUUAUCACUAAAGAGGACAAGUUAAAAGUUGUUCCCAAACUAAAUAAUGUCUUUAGAUUGGAGAUUGAUGGAUUCAUUUCCUACAUAUAUGGAAGCAAGUUCCAGCUUAGAGCAAGUGAGCGCUCUGCAAAAAAAUUCAAGUUGAAAGGAACUAUUGACCUAUGAUUUCAUGGAAAAUCUGAAGUAUUAAUAAAAAUGUCUGCUGUUUUCCUGCAGUUUAAAGACAAGGUUUUCUGGCAGAUUGAAAAUGGAAUAGCUAUGUGAAAUAUUUCUAAAGCAUUUGUUACUGAAGAAUGACUAGUAUUUGUUGUCUUUAAAGCAGUGUCUCAGACUGUUGGAGUUUGUAUCCGUUUUGUUAUUGGUGUAUAACAUUCUGGCUUUUAUUAAACUUACAAUUAGUAUUGA